GGGUCAGGGGGAAAUGAAAUAGUUGAGCAAAUUAUAGAUUCUGCAACGGAGGAAAAAAAAUAGCAUUUGCAUCUGCUUGAGCUUCGCUACAUCGUUCACUCGUAUGCAGUCAGUCACGAGGCUAAGACUGUUCUGGAUGUUGUACUUAUCAGUAGUCCCAUAAGAUCUGGAAAAUAGAAUAGGUAGAAGAAUAUUUUUAUUCCAUUGUACUGCUGAAGUUUAUUGUUCAAGUUAUGGAUAAGCGAAGGAGGCAUAUGUUUUAACGUCGCACAUCCUUAACUUCAAGCUGUUAAUUCAACUCGGCCACAGCAAGUUUCCACUGAAGUUCCAGCGGAUACAACAGCAACAUGGAGCAUAUCGAACACUAUAGUUCCAGCACACUGAGAAGGCGGCGGGCGUUGAGCUUUCCUGUCCGUUCAAAGUCAUCUUACAAUAUGAAGUUUGAAGAGGGGACCAGACCAAAGCGAGGCCAAAGACCUAGCCACGACCCUACAAUAAAUAUAGAUAGAAAAAUAGCGAUCGUCGGUAUUGGAUGUCGAUAUGCAAAUGGUGUGGACAAUGUUGCAAAAUUUUGGGAUAUGUUGGCAAAAGGGUUAGAUUGUUCAGUUCCACCUCCACCAGAUCGGUUUGAUACAUCGUACUUUCUUUACCCUGGCAAUAAAAUACCUGGAAAAAUGUACAACAAAAAUGGUGGAUAUUUGACUCAUGACCCUAAGGAGUUUGACAGACAGUUCUUCAGGAUGUCCCCAGAAGAGGCAAAUCAUCUUGAUCCACAAGUUCGCCUUCUUUUGGAAGUAGUUUGGGAAUCUUUAGAAAACGCGGGAAUACCAGUAUCGUCUGCACGAGGGUCAAAUACAGGCGUGUAUAUUGGACUAACAGCAAGCGAAUAUGGAAUACUUACUAGUAUACCCAAUGAAAACAUCAACCAAUAUACAAACUCUGGAAUAAACUCCGCAAUGGCUGCAAACAGAAUUUCGUAUGAAUUUGAUUUUCACGGUCCUAGUUAUGUGGUUGAUACAGCCUGCUCGUCAUCUAUGUAUUCUGUUCAUCUUGCCUGCGAAGCCAUACGCAACGGCGACUGUGACAUGGCUUUGGCAGGUGGCGUUAAUAUUUCACUCAUGCCCGUAACUAGUAUAGGUUUCUGUCAGGCUGGUAUGCUUUCACCUGACGGUAAGUGUAAAAGUUUUGACAAGUCUGCUGAUGGAUAUGCCAGGGCAGAGGGCGCUGGGAUAGUAGUUUUGAAAUCACUCCAAAGAGCUAUAAACGAUGGUGAUAGAAUAUACAGUGUGAUCCGCGGGGGAGCUCUGUGUAAUGAUGGUCGCACACCUGGUAUUGCCAAUCCCAGUUAUGAGUCCCAAGUUGCUCUAAUUGAAACUGCUUACCAGAACGCAAAAGUUCACCCAGAGGAAGUUCAAUACGUUGAAGCUCAUGGUACUGGCACCCAAAUCGGUGACAAAACCGAAGCGAAUGCAAUAGGUCAGGCCAUGGGUUUAAACAGGCGCCCUGAUCAACCUCCCCUGUACCUGGCGUCCGUCAAGUCCAACUUUGGACAUUCAGAAGGCGCCUCUGGAGUAGCAGGGGUGAUAAAGACAGCUCUUAGCUUGUACUUUGAACAAAUCCCUAAGGCUGUUCAUUUUAGGGAAGGAAACGAAGCAGUUGAUUUCGAAGGACUGAAUUUGCGCGUACCAACUGAGCUCACGCGAUGGCCCAAGGUUCGAAAACGACUCGCUGGUUGCAGCUCGUUUGGAUUCGGUGGUGCAAAUGCUCACAUUGUGAUGGAAGCUUACCCUUACUAUGGACCAAGAAUGCCAGAUCCAUCACAUCGCAUUGAGGUUCACAACAACCUUGACACUCCAGAACCAAGGAUCUUAUUUUUGUCAGCUGCCAAUAAAGACGCACUUUUGAAACGUCUGGAUGACUGGGUGACGUAUUUAAACAAUACAAUUGGAAACGACCACAGGGCUUUUACAAAUUCUCUUUAUACAGCUUCUGUUCGGUCUUUUCACCACCAGUAUAGAAUGGGGAUCAUAGCUCGCUCAGCUAGAGAAGCUGUUGAUCAGAUUCGACUGAAGCUUGAUCACGACCCUCGAGCUGCCACCAACGUUGUAGAAGGAAAAAUGGCAGAUGGUACAUCGGGACAUAGGCUGGUGUUUGUUUUCUCUGGUAUGGGAACACAAUGGUGGGGGAUGGCCAGGAAUCUAAUGGAAGAUGAACCUGCCUUUAGAAACAUUAUUAAGCGCAUCGACAAAUCAUUGACCAAGUGUGGAGCAAAGUGGUCACUCGUCCACACAUUAACCAAGGAAACAGACAAAGAAACUGUUAACAUUACAGAAAUAGCUCAACCGUCAAUAUUUGCCGUCCAGAUAGGUUUAGCAGAAUUGUACCGUCAACGAGGUGUGACACCGGAUGCCGUGAUUGGCCACAGUGUUGGAGAGGUUGCCGCUGCUCAUGUAGCAGGGCUCAUAACAUUAGAUGAUGCCAUCAAGAUAAUUUAUCACAGAGGACGUCAAUUACGCAAGACAACUGGACGUGGUUCAAUGGUCGCCGUUCUGCAUGCAGUAGAAGAAAUUCAAACCCGUCUUGAUGGCAGUGAAUAUGUUAGUGUUGUUGACGUUGCUGCUGUUAACAGCCCGACUCAAAUAGUAUUAUCUGGAGAAACAGAAGCCCUGUCAAAUUUUGCAGACACACUGCGCCAGGAAGGAUUACGUUGUACGCGUUUGCACGUUGCAAACGCCUUUCAUAGUUAUCAACAGGAUCAUAUACGUAAGGACUUUAUAAAAAAAGUUAAGUUCCUAUCUCCAAGCAGCACCAAUAGGCAGACGCUUGAGACAAGCCCAAUUAUUCCUAUGAUGUCAACGGUUACUAAUCAGAUCCUAACAAGAGAUGACACAAACACAGGGGCAUAUUGGUGGAAAAACAUCAGAGGACAAGUGAAAUUUAUGUCUGGUAUUGAGAAGCUUCUUCAGGAAGGAUACAAUUGCUUCCUUGAGAUUGGACCCCACCCAUCUCUGUCACCAGCAGUAAGAGAUGUAAUUAAUUCCAACUUGAACAGAUCAAAGAAUAUAUUUAUUACUGGUUCUCUAAGGAGACCAACUGAUACGCGAGAUUUAGCAGACGAUAGGGUGAACUUACUGCGUUCGCUAGCAAAGCUACACGUGGAGGGCUACUCAUUAGAGCCAGAGUUGCUAUUCAAUGAACAAGAAUACAAGGUUAUGUCUCUUCCCACAUACCCAUGGCAGAGAGUUCUAUGUAGUGCUGCAACAGAGACGGCUAAAGAAUUGUUUUUGUUUCCAGUAAAAGACCAUCCACUUCUUGGCAAACCACUAGAGACUUCCCACUUCCAUGACGAGAGUACCUUAAAGGUUUGGCGAUCUGACUUUACAAUUGGGUCUGUGCCUUGGUUGAGAGACCAUUACUUACAAGGCAGUGCUGUGAUACCUGCAGCAGCACAUACAGAAACUGCUCUAGCGGCGGCUCGUGCUGUCUUCUCUGAGGCAGACAUCGUUACAUUGAGAUGGGUAAAUUUUGAAAGAUUUAUCUUUACCCCAGAUGUCAAUGGUACUUUAGAAACUACAAUCGAAAUACGAUCUAAAGAGGCAAAGUUUUCUCUCAGGAGCUACAAUCCAACAGAGAAGGGAUGGACGCUUCAUGGUAGCGCCCUCAUUGACAUCAUCGGCAAACGAAGACACUCAAGUUCAAACCUUCUAGAGCAAACAGAAGAGCUAGAGUCAAAACUGGCAACAGAUGAUAUCAGAAGGAGGUGUCCAAGAGAGGUAGAGAAAGAUGAGUUUUAUGCUGUAUUAAGAAAAGGCGGGUUUGAACUUGGAGAAAACUUUAAAUGCGUCACCAAGGCGUACUUCAGUCAUGACUAUAACGAAGCACUAGUGUAUGGAACUGCACAAGAAACUCUUGUCCGCGAAUUUGACAAUUUUGUCUUCCAUCCUGCUUUUCUAGAUUCUGUCUUCCAGGGAAUUGGCAUUUGCACUAUGUUCCAAGAGCAACAGAAAGCACGAACCGAAAACUCGGGAUUUUCAAGCUGGUUCAAAGUUCCACGGGCAGUAGAACGAGUAUUAAUGAAAGGUAAAGCCCCUGCAAGAGUUGUUUUCAACGUCCAGAUGAUGGUGGAAGGGGACACCACGGUUGGAUACGUCGUCGUUGCUGAUGCUGCAAAUCAUAAAAUCUUUGCUCAAUUUGAUCGAAUUAUAUUUGAGAACGUUAAUUCACCAGAACCAGAUGAGAGUAUACAGCUUUGGAGACGCGAAUGGGUUCCGGUUUACGUUAAAAAGGCUGACAUUGAGGUACCCACUGCAUCCACCUCGAAGGGCAGACGAUCCAUCAGCUACAUUCCUAAUCACCCAGAAGAAGCUGGCGCAAUAGUAAUAUUCAAAGACAAAAAUGGAGUUUGUUUGGAUCUAAAAAAGCGUCUAGAAGUUGAGAAUGUUGUUAGCAUGCUUGAUCCACGAAUUUUAGCGGAUUCCGACGAACGCUUCCGUCGGGUGUUGCGUUCUCUUGGUAUGGUGACCGAUUUGAUUGUUCUCUCCACGUUAGAUGUCAGGGAACUAGGCUCGAUAGAUGCCAUUACUGAAGAAAACUUUGAUGAGGCCCAAAAUAUAAGCGCAAUCGCACCACUAAGUCUGUACAAAGCCGUAAGCAAGCACGACGCCAAGACAAAGCCAAGGAUAUGGCUCGUCACUCGAAGUGCACAUGCCGUCCUUGAUAUAGAUCCUAUUGAUCCGAUGGCCUCCACAGUGCAAGCAUUAGGAAUGACACUGAUGCACGAAGAUCCAGAAUUACAGGUCUUUACAAUAGACCUUCCUGCACACAUCGAUCAAGAGGAAUCAGCUAUAUGGCUGUACAACUAUAUGAAAGCUAUUCCAACAGAUGAAAACCACGUUGUAAUGAGAAGACGGGUUCCACGACGACCGUCAGCAGAUUUUCCAAGGGAGAUGACCUUUGAAGUUUAUUCUCCAAGAGUUGUUAUGGAACCACAGUCAAGCUUCUCUGCUCCGACACUAUCUUCAAACUGGAUCGUCAACCUUGAGCAAUCACUAAAAGCCAAACGCCUCCUAGUAAAGCAAGAUAGUGAUCCUCCAGUUGUCCGUCGGCCAGAAGAUGUUCUUGUAAAGGCCGGGGCAUUCGCUGUACAAUACCAAUAUGAUGAGCCUGAUGGUAACAACCUCCAAGGAUAUCUGUUUGCUGGAAAAAUAGUUCAUUGCACAGAAGAAGUUCAUGUAAUGCUUAGAACAAGAAAUACUGUUCUUGGAUUUAAAGCAGAAAGUGUAGUUACAUCUACAAUAUGCACUGCUGCUAAUGAACUCGUUCCAGUUCCAGGAAACCUCACACCUACCGAAGCUAUCAAUAUUGUUAAAGAUUACCUUCCAGCAUUUGUUGCAUUUCAUGAUACACUGAAAUUGAAUGAAAAUGGAUCAGUUAUUGUUUAUUUGUCCUCACUGAGUGACAGAAUAGGCCUUGCGACGACCCAUUUAGCUCUAGAACAAGGUGCCAAUGUUUUUAUUCACGUUGAGAACGAUGAAAAUAUAUUUCCUGUGGAGAAACUUCUUGGCAUUCUUGGUGAUUCACGCGUUGUUAUUACAUCACCUGAUAACUUUGAAAGUAUGAUCCAGGACAACGAGGUCGAUGUUCUUCUUUUGGCUGGUGGUAUGAUUGAUAAUGGAUUCCACCUUGACAGACUCAUUGCCAAACUUAAACCAUUUGGUACGAUUGUGCAAAUUCCAGGAAAGAAUGGUGAGAAUGAAUGUAAGAUCGGAGUACUUCCGCCGAAUAUUUACUUCAUCGGCAUUGACAUGGGUCUCGGAAAGUAUGAUCAGAUGCGUGUAAAACUUCAAGAUUCAAUGACACGUCUGUUGCAGAUGUUUAGUGUCCAUAAUGACUUCCAGGCUCUCAAGUCUCUGGCUAUUCCAACUGCGCAGAUGUCAAAGCUUGCAAAGGCAACUCAUGCUUCUCUUGACGAUAUAACCGUCUGUGUUGAUGAAGAUAGUAUCUCAGCAACCCUCAAAUUCGAAGAUAUCGGAUUCCAAGCCAAUCCAGAUGCUUCAUACCUGGUGACUGGUGGGUCCAAAGGUAUUGGUCUUGAACUUGUCGGUUGGUUGGUCAAUAGUGGAGCCAGCCACAUAUAUGUUGUUUCAAGAUUUACACCUGAAGAAGAGGCGAUAAGUCGCUUCAAGGUGUUUCGGGAUAGUGGCGCUAGGAUAACUCAUCUCAAAGCUGACUUGAUGAGGUUUGGUAACCUUGAGAAGGCUCUUUGUGCUAUCAAAGACAAUGGAGAACUACCACUCGAAGGAAUUUUCCAUUGUGCUACAGUUUAUCACGACAUGUCUUUAAGGCAAAUCCAACCAGACAGAUGGAAGGAAGUAGUGGCAACAAAGGGUUUUGGCGCUCUAUCACUUCAUCAACUAAGCAUGCGUAUGAAUCUGCCUAUCAAGUAUUUCGUGAUGUUUUCUUCAAUAGUGGAGAUGAUAGGAAACGGUGGGCAGGGAUGCUACUGUGCUGCAAACGCUUUUCUGUCAUCCCUUUGCAGUAUGAGGCGGAAAAUGGGCCUACCAGCCACUGUGAUAUGUCCUGGUGUUAUCAAUACUGCCGGAUUUGCUGCCAGAAAAGGUUAUAUAGAGCAGUGGGAGAAGAACGGAUUGAUGAGCAUAUCUCCCUCGGAUGUUCUCAGAGGACUAGGAUGUAUGCUGGUUACGGACUAUCCAGAGCUUGGAUUGACAGGACCUGUUAACCGCAAGAUGUACGCCGAAAAUAACCGCGUCAUGCUUUCCCAACAUUUCAAAGAAACAACAGGUACAAUAUCUAUAUUUAAAAAUUUAUUCCCAAGCCGAGAUACGUUUUUAGCUACAGAACAUGACCUUAAGAUGAAAAUAAGACUCUUGUCUCCAACCGAAGCAACUAAUAUGAUCAUGCAGACAGUAUCGAACCAUAUUGCUCAGCGACUUGGCAUCACCAACGAUAUAUCUGAAGAUUCCUCACCUAUUGCUCUAGGUUUAGAUUCGCAUAUGUCUUCAGAACUGAGCAGUGUAAUUCAUGAAAACUUUGGGGUGUCAGUUGUGUCUAUCGAGCUCCUCAAUGAUAAUUUAACAAUGAGGAAUCUGACACAGUCUAUUUACAAAAAGAUAAUGUCAGGCGCUGGUGAACAAGAGGAAGACGAAGGAGCUGAUCAAGCAAUCUCUCCAGCUUCUGGAGAUAUUUGGUACCGAAUCGACGACAGUAUUACGGCUCCACAAGGACAAGUGGUUUGUUUUCCUUCUGUUGGUGGCGGCCCGUCUAUGUUUAUUCCUUGGAGAAAUCUGUUUGCUCAGUACAAUGUACAAACGAUCAUGCUGCAAUUACCGGGAUGGGAAGGUAGAGAACGUGAAAAGCCUCAGUAUGAUAUGCAAGAGAUUGUAUCAAAGCUAUCCGAAGUUCUCGCACCACGACUAAUUAAAAAUCGUUUUGUGUUCUUUGGUCACAGUCUUGGGGCCUUGAUUGCUUUUGAGACAGCACAUCACAUUAUGAAGCAGUUCAAUUCAAGUCCUGUGCACCUGUUUAUUAGUGCAUGGUACGCACCAACCCUGCCUUACCCUCACCCUGAUGAACUAGAUGCUCCAACAUCUGUCUACCGAAAGCUUCGACGGGUGAUCUCUUCACGGGGAAACGUUGCGAAGAACCUUGAACAAGAAAAUGUGAAGUUCAGCUUCUUGGAUCAAGCCACCUUAAACAACUCGCGUCUUAUGAGUCGAAUGAUACCAUCAAUAGAGGCGGCCAUCAUGACAUGCAAGAAAUACAGAUGCCGUCACAAGGAUCGGCUGCCAUGCAAUAUUACCACUUUUGGUGGAAAAAGUGAUCCAUUUAUCAAUCCGAGCCUCCUGGACGAUUGGCAUUUGCAGCAACAAGAGGGCAAGAAAUUUAAGAAGAUCAUCAUGCCUGGAAAACACAUGUUCAUCAACACAAAUUGGAAGACCAUUGUAAAGGAGGUCGGGAACUCACUACCAGGAGUUAACAUUAAAGUGGGUACAAUAACGAGAACAGGUGCAACAUCUGUUAGGAAGUAAGACUAUGAUAUUGAGAGAGAUAUUGGAAAGGGGAUUCAAAUAUUUAUUUUAUUAUUUCAUAAUGUUAAAUACUGAAUAAAUUGAAUGCACUAAUUCAGUAAUUUAAUGAAAUCAUGUGAUAAUACAACGUUUGCCUAUACCACUAAAACCGAAUAUCCAUUAAGGCAGUGGGUUUUCUGUUAGAUAAAUCAUUAAAUGAAACAGACAGCACGUUUAUUAUAUAAUUUCAUUGGAAGUAUUAGGAAGAUAAACUGUAAAUUAUACCAUAUGAGUACAGUUAUAUAUUAUCAUCUUUUUUGUACAUCUCAACUUGCGUAAUUUUAAUUGUAAUCUGUAUAAUUACUGUAUAAUUUUACCUUGUAUAAUAAAAAAAGACGAAUGGACAUCGCUUUACAGAUUAACAAACUUUAAUUGAAAUAAAAACGUUCUUGUUUACUCUGCUAAUAACAUU